AUGUCAACAACGAGACAUGAGGGUCGUGGUUUUGUACCUUUCGUCUCCGAGCUCCUAGUUUCUCACGUGUUAGGCGCCAACAUAAGACUAGUGGAUUUGCCGCUUCUCAUCACCAAAGCAUCCUUUGAAAUGAAAUCCUUCUCUGUGACACCGUCUGAAGGCCUCGUAAUCACCGGCCUUGCGUCAAUUCCACCACCUUCGCCGAUACUUAGUAGCCAUCGUCCGUUGGUAGUAUUCCUCCAUGGUGGAAGCUAUGCGUCAGACUACUACGAUUCAGAUCCGGAAAGGUCGAUCGAGCCUCUCAGCACCACUCUAGGCAUUCCCGUCAUCUCUCUCAAUCGACAGGGCUACAAGGACAGUACGCUACCAGUUAUUUCGGAAGGCCAGACUUCCUUAAGGGAGCAGUCCAAAAAUUUGCAUACCUCGAUCUUGCCAGCCAUCUGGGAGGAUUUUGGCAAACCGGCAGGAGCAUCAUCUAUCGUCUUAGCUGGACACUCGAUCGGCGGAAUGAUUGGUGUCAUGGUUGCAGCCCUUUACGCUACUUCAUCAUCACCGAGGGGCUACCCUCUCUCUGGACUUUGUACGACGGGAAUCACAGACCGGGCGAACCCGCGAUGGAACGGUGUGGAGCCCCCACCGCUUCCGCAGACGGGGAAGCAUUUUAAUUGGCCGGACGAGGUUCGAGACGCCAUGAUGUUGAAUGGGCAAGUCAGCGCAGACUUCGCCACCACUCAUUCGAAGCUGAAUAAUCCGGCGCCAGUCGAUGAGGUUAUAGAAGCGACAUCCAGGAUAAACGAAUGGAGGGUGUGUGCGAAGGAUGUUGAAGUCCCGGUUCUUGGUUUAGCAGCGGAGCAUGAUGCGUUGUGGGACACGUCGAAGGCGGCCAUGGAUGACUUCGCCAGGCUCUUUGAGAAGACGACUGCAGAGAUUGGUAUCGUCACAAAUGCACCCCAUUGCCUAGAGAUUAGCUACCAGGCAAGGCCAGCGUUCCUAAAGGUACUAGGACACGCAGUGCAAUGUGCUAGAGCUCAUGGCAUGGAGAAGGAAAGUGAGAAGGAGAUGAAGUGA